CUCAGAGGACAGCCUGCACUGCACCUCCUGCUUACCUCACCGCCUCUCCAGACCUAAAGCAACUAUUCAGCACUGGGCUAAAACUUAGUACUCAUAUUCACCACUUUUUUUGAAUAGCAUGUUUUUAUAAUGACGUGCUGCAUAAUUCGUGCGCAUUUUUUCUCAAGUAAUUUAUUUACCUGUAGAUGAAGGAACUUAUGCAAACGCUAAUUUGGUGAUUUUUUUAUAUAUAUAUAUACAUAUACGUAUAUAUGUUUUAAUUUGGCUUUUGUUCCAGCUCUGAAGUGAUACACAGACUAGGCUGCUAUGUGUAAGGCAGCAGCACGCGGAGCAACGUGAUGCCUCGCAGCGCGCGCUAAAGCAGAUAAAGCGUGCACGUGAGCGCGGUGUGGGUCAGUCACCAGGUGCAGGCGGCACGCGGCGCAGCUACAGCGCACUCAGAGCAGCUGUGCAAACCCGAGUCCAGCACCGAGCCGUGCACGGAGAUUUCUCUUUCUUUCUUUUUUUUUUUACACUUUUUUUUUUUAAAACAGCCAUGUGGUUCAUCAAUAUCGCGCUGCUUAUCCUCAAGUUAUCCGUUUCGGCUGAGGGCUUUUCGACAUGCCAGUCUUAUGACCUGGACGAUCACAAGUCGAAGAGGAUAGAGGCGGUGCGCGGGCAGAUCCUGAGCAAGCUGCGCAUCCGAUCACCACCCGACCCCGCAUCAGCCCCGCAGCCGGAGUCGGUGCCCUUCGAGGUCAUGCUGCUUUAUAACAGCACCAAGGAUCUGCUGAAGGAGCGCGCGCGCCACGCCGAGUCCGCCUGCGAGCGCGAGAGCAGCGAGGAAGAUUACUACGCUAAAGAGGUGCAGCGAGUGGACAUGCUGCCUCAGCGCCCCGACUCCAAUGCGAUAAACACAGUGCCCCAGAGUCCAUACUUCAGAGUGGUGAAGUUUGACGUCACCAAUGUAGACAGGAAUUCUAGCACACUUGUCAAGGCAGAGUUUCGCAUAUACAGGGUGCAGAACACACAUGCGCAAGCCGCGGAGCAGCGAGUGGAAAUAUACCAGAUUCUGAAAUCUGACGAUAUUACAGGUUCCCCUCAUAGGUAUAUAGAUUCCAGAACCGUACAACCACGAGCCAAGGGGGCGUGGCUGUCUGUUGACGUCACAGAGACUGUGAAAGAGUGGAUGGCUUAUAAAGAGAAGAACUUGGGCCUGAUGCUCAGUGUUCAUUGUCCAUGCUGCACAUUUGUUCCAUCCACAAAUAAUAUUGUGCCCAACAAGAGUGAGGAGUUGGAAGCUCGAUUUGCAGGUGUUGAUGAUGACCUGAUUCGCCCUAACAGGACGCCACGUCUGACUAAAGGCCCCAUAGAGUUCAGUACUAAAACACCACACCUCAUACUGACCCUGCUGCCCACAGAUCGUUUGGAGAACCCCAACAAAAAGACCCGCAAGAAGAGGGCAGCUGCUGACACUACAACAUGCUCCAGGAAUGCAGAUCAAGGCUGUUGUUUAAGGUCUCUGUACAUUGACUUCCGUCGGGACCUAAACUGGAAAUGGAUCCAUGAGCCAAAAGGAUACAAAGCAAAUUUUUGUGCUGGCAACUGCCCCUACUUGUGGAGUGCAGACAAUCACUAUAAUAUGAUUUUGCCACUUUAUAACAAAAUGAAUCCUGAGGCAUCGGCGUCUCCCUGCUGUGUGCCUCAGGACCUGGAGCCUCUUACUAUCGUUUAUUUCCUUGGUCGGACUCCACGGGUGGAGCAGCUCUCAAACAUGGUGGUCAAAUCCUGCAAAUGCCGCUGACUGCUGGAGGUACGCGAGUAGAGAUGCUGAAGAGAUACAGCGCACAGGAGAGGACGCAGGAGACACAGUAGAGUAUGGACAAUAUCUGUGGACAGCCAGAAGAGCAAGCGAAUACAUCUCAGAUGUUGGUGCGCAUGUUUUCUUUUUCUCAGGUUUCACUCAGUUGGAGUUGAUUCAGAGAGUUGCACAGCAUUAAUCGAUAAUUGCAAAUAAUCUAGACUUCACCAAAUGAAACUGUUUCAGGUACAUAAUGCCAUUCAGUCUUAUUGUCCUUCAUGUUUCAAACCGUUUUUCUCUCAUAGUCUUUUAGUCUGAUGCAGCUUCAAUAAAAAGAAAGUAUUUAAGAGAUGGUAGUCAAAGAACCACCAGGCGUUAGUGUGUGGACCUAGUUGUGCAAGAGCAGUUUACUGUAGAACUGUAGAGCAGUUUUUUUUGUAUUUUUGAUUACACAAAGUGUACAUAUUUUUCCAGACAGGAAAGGGUUUUAUAUGUUUAUAUACCAAAUAAAAAAAUUGAUUACACGA